AUGAGCGCAUCUCAGCAAACAACUCUUUCCUACUAUCCACCCGGCGUCUCGCUGGGCCCGCAAGCCUCUCCCUCUCCUUCUCGCCAACAGUUCCCUGUCAACCUGGGAUCCAAUAACCCUUUCCGAACCCGUACACUGUCUCCCUCCAGCUCUACGACUUCAGGCGGCCGACCUGAACGACCGAAGUCGACGAAUCCAUUCUUGGACGACAGCGAACCUAUUUCUCCCCAAUCAGCUCCAAUCAACUCUUUGAUUGACCAGCAAGAUAUGACGCAGAAUACGCGCGACCUCUUCGAGAACCUUUCUCUGAACCCGGUUCCCAAAACCAAUGGAAUGCGACCAGCGCCUCCGCGCCCUGAGAAGCCUGCGCAGAAUGUGCCUUUGAAGAGCCGACCGCCGCGCCCCACGAGAGAACGCUCUGAAGGCCGAUCCGACGACCCCUUUAAUAUCUUUGCCGAUCCUCCGAGCAAAGCCAGGCCUACUGGAUCCGCAUCUAAAUCUCGAGACCGGGAAAGGCGACCACGUCGAAACUCUGAAUCAUCCAUCAUGGAGCGGCGGCCGAAACUUGUUGAUGAUGACGAUGAGCGACGACGCCGUGAAAGGCGUCGGCGAGAGCGCGAGGGUCGCCAUCGGGAUGGCAAGUCCAGUUCCAAGAAGGCUAACUACCAGCUCGAUAUCAUUGAUAAACUGGAUGUGACCAGCAUCUACGGCACUGGGAUGUUCCACCACGACGGACCCUUCGAUGCCUGCAACCCUAACCGCAACCGCAAAGGCCUCCGCGCCACUCCCAUGCAAGCCUUCCCCAAAGACUCUUCCAACAUGGCUCUUGGUGGUGCGGGUCCGAACAAUGACAAGAUAGAUCUCGAUCGGUUCCACGGCAGAAUGGAGGAAGGAUACAAUGACUUUGCUGCGAGUGGCACGGAUAACCGUAAGACUGAAGGAGGGUCAUUUGAUCCAACUUCUCGCAUUGAGCCAAUUCACGGUGCGGCCACGAUGGGGUUGGGCACCAGUACCUUCCUGGACGGUGCCCCGGCUAGUCGCGCAGCUAUCCGUGAGAACCAGACUGAACAGCAGAACUCUCUAAAUGGUGCCGGAGGUUUGCAGCGGAAGAAGAGUCUUGCUCAAAGGAUCCGCGGCGGUAUCAAUCGCCCUAACCCUCGGGUGACAUCUCCGCAGGCUGCAUACGGUUCUCCUUACACCUCUUCAUCCCCGCGCAAUGAAAAGAACCCGUUUUUCCAGGAUUACGAUGAUGCUUGGGAUAAGAAGGGUGCACGUAUUAACUCUGAAGAGUCGCACGCUGCCCCUGAGGGUGGCCGGGUCCGUUCAUCCAGCAGUCCCAAGCAGGCGACUUCCUCUCUAGAGCGACGGUAUACUGAUGAUCGGGUCAACGGGCUCGACGAGGGCAAGAGCGUGGGCGGCGGCGGCGGCGGCGGCGGCUUUAUCAGUCGCAUGAAGAGUCUGCGGAAGCCGCCUCAACCCAAGAGACGUGUCACCGAUGACUGA